AUGGACAAUGAAGCAUUCAGUUGGUGUGGCUGCCUGAUUGUGGCUGGGGAGAAGGCUCUCCAUGAGACCUUGCAGUUACAAGCAGAUUGUAGUGAGUCUAAUCUGCAAUGUGGGACUCUGAAGCCCCUGCUGCUGUGUCCUUUUUCCCUAGAUACUGAAGGGAAGGCACAUGCUCUGCAGAACGACUCUGGCUGUGGGCUCCUGGUAUCUGGGACUCCAGAUGGCUCCAGGAAAGUAUCGGUCUCUUAUGCUGGCUGUUACGUCUUUGAGUGGGAUCGCAAUUACCUUAUAUUGGUUGGGCUUGAAGGAACAGAUACUGCUGGGCAAAAGGUUCUUCAUGAACAGACACUGCUCAGGUGCCCUGUGGACCGUCCUGCCCUGGAUGCUCCCAGCAGUAGUGUCUGUUUGGCUGUUCCCAGCCAGGACCGGCUGCUGUGUGCCUCCCUGCCCAUCAGCCAGGGAGACUGUGAAGCACGAGGCUGCUGCUAUGACCCUAGAGACAGGGUGAAGCCUUGCUACUUUGGUAACACAGUGACAGCUCAUUGCACGCCAGAUGGCCAGUUUUCCAUUGCUGUUUCUCGAGAUGUAACCCUGCCACCUGUUGCCCUGGACUCAGUGCAACUGGCCAGUGGACACAGCACUGGCUGUGUCCCUGUCCUGACAAACAAUGCCUUUGUUGUGUACCAGUUUCCACUCUCUGCCUGUGGCACUACUUUUCAGAUGAUUGGAGACCAGGCCAUAUAUGAAAAUGAGUUGGUGGCAAGCAGGGAUGUGAAGACUGGGAGCCUUGGCUCUGUCACUAGGGAUAGCUUUUUCAGAUUACAUGUCCGAUGUAGUUAUUCCAUCAGUGGGAGCUCCGUUCCCUUGAGUGUUCAGGUUUUCACACUGCCACCACUCCCUGCUGUGUCCCAGCCUGGUCCUCUCUCUUUGGAGCUGCAUAUUGCCUCAGAUGGAAGCUAUACUUCCUACUAUACGGACAGUGACUAUCCUGUUGUGAAGACUCUGAGAGACCCUGUUUAUGCAGAAGUCAAGAUCCUUCAGACAACAGACCCAGACCUGAUUUUAGUUCUGCACCAUUGCUGGGCCACACCAAGCACCAACCCCCAGCAACAGCUGCAGUGGCCAGUUUUGGUGGAUGGGUGCCCUUAUGCAGGAGACAACUAUCAGACACAGCUGAUGCCUCCAAGUUUCACCUCAGGACUACUGUUCCCCUCUCAUUACCAGCGUUUCACCCUCUACACGUUCACCUUUGUGGACUCCACUUCCCAAGAGAAACUCUCUGGGCUGGUGUACCUGCACUGCAGUGCUUCGGUGUGCCACCGGUCUGUGAGGGAGUCCUGCAUCACCACUUGUCCCUCCACAGUCAGGGAUAAAAGAAGUGCUGAGCACCCUUUUCAGGAAGGUGCUUCCCGUGUCUCCAGCAAAGGCCCUGUGAUUUUCCUCCAGGAAGAGCUCAGACAGGACACAGCCAAGGAAGGCCUUGGAGUGGCUGUGCAUGCUGCAGCCCCCUGGGCUCUGGGAUUUGCUGCUGUGGCAACUGGGACAGCUCUGUGUGUGGUGCUUGUGGUUUCUGUGCUGUGGCAAAGGAAGGUGUCAGCAAUACAUGAAAUCAAUGGAUUGCAAUAAAACAACUGUCAAACCCAUUUGGUGGUGCCCUAGCUGUAAGACUUCAUUUGCAAGGCAAAAAUUACCCCAAUGGCUUUGAAAGCUUUCCAAAUGCGCUGAGUUCAUCUCACUCUGGAAUUCUUCUACUCUGGGUUUGGUGUUAUCUGUCUGCCUUGGACAAACGAGAGACCUUGUCAAGGCCUGGGUGGCAGACUGAGGCAGGAUUGAUGUGUGUGGUGUUGGCAUUUCUGUUAAUGAAUAUAGUGGCUUCCAAAAGUAGUGACCUAGGCUCCAUUCAAACACUGAGCAGAAGUGCAGCAAAACUCACUAAAAGCAGAUCCUGCAAAUUCUUCUCUGGGGAUGCAGAGCAGGUAUUUUGACUGCACCAAGGAGCUGGGAAUUACCCAGUUGUUCCUGAGUCACUAGGUAAGUUAGGGCUGUGUUCAUGUGGCAGGACUGGAAAGCAAGGAUGCCAAACCACUACCUAAAUGGGCCUUCCUAAUGAUACUGUGCAUGAACUUGCCUUUCUUGCCCUAGAAACAGAAAAGGAUAAGUGGCAUUUUUCUGGUGAAUGAGAACAUGGAAACAUCAUUCCAACUGGAAAAAAAAAAUAAAAGGGUCUAGGUGGUUUGAACUUUGGGGAAAAAAUAAUUCAAACUUUACUUAGAGCUUAAUCUUAAGCUUUUAUGUGAUCGCAGGCAGCUAGGAGUCUUCAAAGGUCUUGGAUUAAAGCUAAUUUGGCAUCACUGUUGGCAUAAAAGUGCUUCUCUUAAAUUUUUAACUUCAUUUAGAUGAGAAAUAAAACUUGCCAUUUUGACUGUCAGGAGCAGUUCAGUGUGGUGCUGUCAGUCCCAGCAGCUGGGCAGCAUCCCUCUUUGCUUUCUGAGGUCCUGGGUGAAAACAGUACAGCAAAACUCUCCAGGGAGUAGAGGGGAAACGGGGCUCCACCUCCUCCUUCCUGCCUGGCCUGGGGGAGCUCUGGUGCUUGCACUUACACUGAGAUCUGCUUGUACCUGUUGGGGUAGUCCUUGGGGGAAGGAAAAAUGCUUUUCCCUCUUUUCCUCUAAGGCUUGAUUAG